UGCAGAGGUGCGGAUAUUGUCUUUUGGGGGGGUGGGGUGUUGAGGCGGCGUGUGCGGCUUUCCAUGGGGCAUCUUCCUUUUCGAUGUCUGGCAUGGCUCUUUUUCACGUCCCCGGAUGGACUGAGAGGUGGGAGUUGACUGGGCAUUCCUGUGGUGCGGUGGGUGGAAAGUUAGUUCUGCGGUAUUGGUAGUAUACAGAGAUGCAGUUUGAGGGCAGUGGUCGCCUACAGGGCGUUGCCAAGUUUCUUUGGUACGUGUGUAGGAUGUGGACUUGCGCUGUGGGUCGAUCAUGGACGCUGUGCAUGUCAUUCGUGAGCCUUUGCCACUCCUGUGUCGUGAACGCAAGAGACGAAUAUGCAGCCGCGAACAUACCGCGUGUAGAAGGGUACGUCUCGGUACCACUCGCAUCGCGUUGUGCUGAACCCUUUCUCAAGUUUCAUCCCUCCCAGCUCGCCAAUGGCAAUAUUCGCAUAUAUCCGCGCGAAAACUUCGUCUUCUGUACCGUGGUUCAAAGAUAUCCGCGCUCCAUUGCAUCAAACAGAUUCCCGAAUAAACCUCGCACGCGACAUAUAAGAAGUCCGCCCACUCCAGCCCUUUCACAUACACCAAACCCGACUUCAAAUCUUCAGGUCCACUCAACCACCAAACUCCAGAUCAAACCUCAGGACCAUAAACCACAACCCCAAACACCACAACUCCCAACCAACCAACCAACCAACCCAGCACCCCUAAAAAUGGCCGCCGACUUACCACCAUCCACCAUCACCCCCAUGAAGUACGCGCACACCCUUUCCGGCCCUCCCCUCUCACCUCCCACGCUCCCCUCGGACUUGCAGAAACCCACCCCUCCACCACCAAACCCGCCAACGCACCAUCAACACCGGCGCCUCCUCCUAACCCUCUUCGCGCUGGCGCUGAUUGCGCUCACAAUCGCACUGUGCGUGCUCUUCAACUCCCCUUCGUGUGCCACGCAUACCGCGGUGUGCCAGGACCUGCUUCCGUGGGCUCACGGUGACACGAAGCGCAGUCUCGUGGCGGUGCGAAAUAUCGGUUUCACGGCGAUGCAAGAAAGGUGGAGUGCCGGGAUCGUGGGGCUGGGCAAACGCGCAACCCCCAGCGCUCGCUACGAUGAUGAUCUCGUGCUGGGAAUCUGCGCGGGCGGGGCGGGAGUCGCGGUUGUGUUUGGGCUUGUGGUGAGCUGGGUUGUGGAGCGUGUGCGACGGGGCACUUCGAUCAAACAUAAAACCAUCAGCGAGGGGGAGGCGGGGAAGGGGGCGUAGUGUAGUGUUUGGGAGGAGAGGGGGCUGGCGAGAGCUGGCUGGAGGGAAGGUUCUGGAUCACGGUGGGAGUGAGGAGGAAAUCGUGCGUUCUGGUCUGGGAGCGGACGAAUAGCUUGUGAUCCGGGCGUGUAGAAGCGUAGGACACGGUUCAAAUCGCACUUUCUCGUGGUGCGAGGAGAGGGCUAGACGGACUUGGUAGCUUAUCGGCCUAAU